GAAAUUUUCUAGUUGAUCGAGGGCAAGCAUUGACUCUAGUAAAAACUAUAAAGGGUGCAUGCCUGCGUGCGUGCGUAUCUUGCUGUAUAUGCUGGAAGGAGACAAUCGACUGUGUUUAUUAGACAGAUCGAGACAAUCGAGCAAAUUAAGGUGGUGAAUCAAUAUCUAUAUAUAUGGGAAACGGGCAAUCAACAAGAGUGCAACGACGUAUGUGGUCAUGUACUCCUUUUCGCUAUCACCGAAUUUCCCCUUCCAAUUCACUAAACCAACCUCUGCUAGACGAUGACAGCCAGUCCAUGGUGUCAAACCUUCAACUUGAAGCCGAUCAAGAAAAGAAAGCAGCUUUGGAGAAAGAAAAUCGUGACUUGAGGUCUGCACUCUCCAGGCUAGAAUCCAAGCUUCAAUCAAAGGAGAGGGCCACUGAAGCACCAGAAGGGAGAAUCGCCAACCUUGAGAGAGAGGUUAAUGAACUCAAGAGUCAAGUAUCGAAGCUAAAAUCUGAACGUCAAGUUGACAAAGUUCACAAAUUUAAACAAGGAGGGGCCAAUAAUUAUGCUGCUUUGGAGGAGAUCAGAGUUAAGAAGCCGUCAACCGGCAGUGUCUCUGAGAUGAAGAAGGCGUCUGCUUCUUCUCAUGAUUCACAUGUAUGUUUACAAUUAGACAAGGCACAACAGGCGUUGCCGGAUGAUAUUGUUGCCUGCCUUAUCGUUUUGAUAUUUUUAGUAUCUAUUCUCAUUGGCAUCAACCUCUAAUAUGUAAUUAAGGACACUGCCAUUUCCUCAUCAGAAAAAUGGUGGCCUUCCUGAUCAGUACCGUCGAUAUAUAUAUAUAUAUAAUCGACAAUUAAGGUGUGUAAGUUUAAUUCUGAACUAUUUUCGAUUGUUUUCCUUUCCUCUUCAAUUGCUUAGUAAUCUUAUCUUAUCUUAUCUUACAUGUAUAUAAAAGCCGAGUUCUUCCUUUGAAUGACAUAGAAUUGUGACACGUGGCAUGAACCCAUAUUUUUCAGUGACUAAACCGGUCAUUUAAGUACUGAACCGGUCUUUUAAAUAAAAUUGAACUGAUCAAUUUAAUGUC